AUGGCAAUUAACCGAUCUGCAGCAUCAGCCAGCUGUAUAUCAGUUUGGCAACCAGACUUUGUAUUUAAGCUUUUCGACGCCACGAGAUUGAGUGGUAUGCGGCCAUUUCUGGCAGUUAUUGGUACAUUAGCACUUGCAGGAAAUUUAGUUUUAGCAUCGAAAAGCGUCUGGCUGAGCACUGCUUUUUCUGCCCUGGUAGUGUCCUUGAUGUUUGGUGACACUUUCCGUGGCGGCGUGGAUAUGGCUUCAGCCUCAAUGAGAUUUCUUUACAACAAGGCCAGUCGUUUCGGGCUGUCCUCCUUCUCGGAGGAAGAGCUCAGUGACGAAGAAAAGCGACGCAAUAUCAUGAGAUUCAAGGGAACCCAUGUGGGGGGUCUUUACAAUGAGGGAAAUACCUGCUUCAUCAACAGUGUUGUCCAGUCUUUAGCAUCCUGUGAGACUAUCAACAGCUUUGUUAACGAGGGCAGUGCGACUUCGGGGAACUUCUCCACAGAGCUUGCCAAGUUGGUGCAUGACCUCAAUCGAAUUCGUACAACAAGCCACAGCUACAGCACCGGUAGACUUAUGCAGAAUAUCGGUGGCUCUAAUCGGUGGGCGCGUCUCGACCAAGAGGAUGCCCAAGAGUUUUUCCAACAGCUGCUCGUGGCGCUUGAAAAAGAUUGGAAGUCCCGCCAGCCAGCACCCGCAGAGGCACCUGAUAGCGAAAAGAAAGAGAAGGGCCCCGAACAACAGAUUACUCCCUUCGAUGGCCACUUUGCUGUUCGAGUAGGCUGUCUGACUUGCGGAGAUAUGGAGGGUAUUCGCACAGGUAUUCUAUCUUCCGUUGAUAUCAGUUUGGACUUGGAUGAAUCAGAGUCAACACUCGAGAGUCUGCUUGAAAACUACUGCCACAUGGAAACUAUUCCAGAUGUCGAAUGCUAUCGGUGUAGUUUGAUCAAUUUCAAGGCGAAACUUGAGGAGAAAAUCGCCGAAACUCCUAAUAGCCCUAUCUCGUCUAUUCUGAAGACGCGUGUAAACGAAGUUGUCGAAACUUUGAAAGAAAAAGUCAUUGAUGAGAAGCGAUACGCAACUCUCAAGCCGAAUACGCAUAAGGUGCUAAGUGACAAGACCAAACAGACCAUGUUCGCGGCCCCCAUGGCAGAUAUUCUUAUGGUGCAUAUAAACCGGUCUGUCUUCGAUAUGCGAACAGGGUUCAGUCGCAAAAACUAUGCGCCAGUUAAGUUCCCUGCUCAAUUAGACAUGUCCCAAUUUGUUGCUGAUCCAAAGGACUUGGACAACCAAAACCCGGCAAACCCCAUGCACGGAACCCCCGAGAACCCCGAAUGGUACGACCUCAAGGCCACGGUUAUUCACUACGGCUCAGCCAAUUUUGGUCACUAUGUGUGUUUCCGUAAAUUCAAUGGGUUCUGGUGGCGGAUCAGUGACGAUACCGUCGAUCUUACCACCGAGACCCAGGUGCUCAAUGCACAGGGUGUAUUUAUGUUGUUUUACGAAAAGCGUGCUGCCACUCCCUGCCGACAAGCUUCGGUUGCUAUCGAAGAUGAAGGACUGCAACUAGUGGACACAUCAGCUGAGACCACCGUCAAGCUGCAAGAACCCGAGCCGGAGAACGAGCAAGCAAUGGCUUCUAUUGACGAGCCCCGCUUGUGAAAAAAUUAAGUUUUGUUGCACUCUACGUAUCACUAAUAUAGCAGUCAACUGUCCAAGUUUUGGGACUGUAAUUUCAAAGGAGUCCAUAAUAAGGCUUGAGGGUUUACCUUGAGGAGGUCUUUAGAGCGCCACGUUUUUAGCCGGUGGUGGAGUUCCGUGAUGUUUACAGAUAUCUGGCCGUUUUUAAACCAACCCAAAGUCUCAAGCGAAUAAAUAACGUCGUCAGUGGUCAUGCCCGUACGCAUGCUCAACUCUUGGAUAGAUAUCUUGCGGGUUUUCUCCGCAUGAAUCAGCUCAAGCUCUUCACAAAUAUGUAAAGUCCAAAAUUUUGUAUAUGCCUUUGCCCCAAGUUCACUCAAUGGCUUCUCGGGUGUUCCUGUCGUGUGCUGGGCUCUGGUCAAAAAGUACGACAAUGAAAUCAGGAACUGGCCAAACCCUUUCUGCUGUAACCCAGGAAGCGUAACGAUGCAAGAAACAUUGUUGGCUUUGUCCUUUGCAGGAAAGUCCGAGCUGAUUUUCAGUUUCGAGAAAUAGCCAAUAAAAUGACAGCCAGUCUCGUCGACGGACGUGAGCACAUAAAACAAAAACGGCUCCACAUCGUAGUACAAUGCCUUGGAGUCCAAAAACAGUUUGGCCAUCAGGCACAAUCUCUGACAGUAAAGAGGAGCAUGGGCACCGUCAAUUUCAAAGACAGAGUAGCCCGAAUCACGAUAGAUCUCAGUUCCAGGAGGUGCCCUUCCGGGACACUUUAGCGAAUGGCGAUGGGCCACGAAAUCGGAUUUCAUGUACUUGAGACACAUAUCGCACACACUGAUGUACGACCGCUUAGUAUACUCCUCGGGGUAGGGUGCAGUAUACCAGGUGGGUAUUGAUCUUCCGCUGAUGUGCAGCCUUGUGAUCCGCGAAACGCUCUGCGUACGUUCUGGGUCGUAUUCUGUAGCAAUUGGUUCCGCAACCUUGCUGAACCGGUUGAACAGGUACCUUUCCGUCGCGGUCGGAAUACCCAGCGACACGUUAGCGUCUUUCUCGGCAAAAAGGCCACAAAACGGGGGUUCCGUAUCCCCGUAUUUGCGUGGUACCAGUGUUCCUGCUGCCAAUUGCAGUCUGUUGAUAUCUGGCACCGGCGUGGGCUCAUUGCGAGUUGAUUCAAGCCAACUGCGGCCAUUAACGUGGGUGUCUUGGGGUGAUUCAUGCGAAGAGAAGAACUCGUCGUCGCUGCUCGAAUCGCUGUUCACAAGAUCACUCCGUGAUAUCGAUAUUUUCGGUGCGUCUACCCUCUCUUCCCUCAGGUUGGCUCUUUCGUUCGCGUAACUGCCACCUCCACCGCGUUUUGGCGGCCGGCCCUUCCGCUUACGCGCCAUAAAGGACCAGAUGACAAAGAA